AAGGCACUAGAGAAACCUGGUGUCUUCGAUCUGCAACAUGCAAAGCUAUGGCUGCCCUCUAUUUAAAUCCUUCAUUCCCCAACCAUUCUGAGCAUAAGCAUUUUGCCUUCAUUGUGUUUUAAUAGCGGUUGUUUCAAUUGGAUUAUUUACUGCCAUUAUUUCUUUGCGAUCGACAAAGCGAGAAAGAUUAAAGGAAAUCAAUCUUCGAUAUCGUUGAAGGUUUUGAGAAAAAAUGGAUCCUGUGAUGAGCACUCUGCAACAGCUGCUAGGGCUUCCCGAUGAGUUGGAGAAGCAUCUUAACGCCCCGACCCGCACAUACGUUCGCGACACAAAAGCCAUGGCUUCCACCCCUGUUGAUCUUAAAGAAUACCCCAACUCUUAUGUCUUUAUUCUCGACAUGUCUGGUGUUAAAUCCAAUAAUAUCAAGGUUCAAGUGGAGGACGAGAAAGUUCUGACAAUUAGUGGAGAGCGAAAGAGGGAGGAAGAAGAGGAUGUAAAAUAUAUCUGGAUGGAGUGCAGGGUCGGCAAAUUUAUGCGCAAAUUUACUCUGCCUGAUGACUGCAAUAUGGAGGCCAUUUCUGCCAGCUGUGAGGAUGGAGUGCUGAGUGUGACUGUUACCAAGCUGCCUCCUCCGGAUCCCAAGAAACCCAAGACUAUCAAAGUUAAAAUUGGUUAGGGUUUUACUGAACUGAAUGAUGUAUAUUUUCCCUGCUUAUUGUCUCUCAUCGUAGUUCAGUACUUAUGCGCGGUAAAUGUAAUGAGUACGUUUAUGGUCCAGAGUUUUUAUGUGCUCCCAAAGAUAUAUUCAUAAAUGUGGUGUAAUAAUUGAAUAUUAUGGUUUUGAAUAGCUUGAUAAGCAUGGUGUGUUCACGGACAAUGUGAAUUAAUUGAAUAUUAUAAAAUUUUGAAUAGCA